AUGCGGGAGAUGAUGCGCUCGCUCGGGCGUGGGCUGGUAAAACUGCGGCUGACCGCGAACGCCGUCGUGUUCAUCGGCGGCAUCGGGACGAAGAAGACGAUCGCCUCCACCGCCUAGGCGAACCGCGGCAAGGGUUCCCUGCGCUACGCCUUGCACAAGACGUGCAGCGGCGCCAUGAUCUGCAACGGCGCACAGGUCGGGGUGCUGAUGGAGCUCCUCGGGCCGGAAGGGCUGGCUCCGCUUGCUGCUGUGCUUGAUGAAGUGUCGCCUGACACGGGCACCCACAGCAUCCGCGUUGUGGCAUGGACGGACGUGGUGGCGCUGGGCCGUGCCGCAGCAACAACAGUGCCGGUACACACCACUCCCAGCAGCGACGACGUCUGCUUGAUCAUGUACACAAGCAGCACGACUGGCGACCCGAAGGGUGUCAUGCUCACGCACGGCAGCAUUGCAGCCGGCUGCGAAGCUCUCAGCCACCGCAUCCUCGAUCUGUACAAGCCCGGCGAAGACGGAGGCGUCUACUGCGCGUAUCUGCCGCUGGCGCAUAUCCUUGAGUUUGCCAUCGUGAACAUCUUCCUUGACCGCGGCACCAUGGUCGGCUUCGGCUAGCCGCGCGCGUUGGCAAAUACCCACACAGUGCCGCACCGGGACUUGGCGGAGUUCAAGCAUAAAGUCAUCCUCUCCGUGCCGCGCAUCUUCGACACGGUUCGGAAGGCCGUGGAGGAGCCUCUGUCACCCCCUGGCCCGUUCAAGCGAGACAUCUUCGACAGGGCCCACGAGUCUCGCCACACCGCCUUGCUCAGCGGCAGUGGCUCGUUGUUGGCCUCCACACAGGAGUUCGUGAACGUCGUCUGCGGCGGCCCGCUCAUCAUCCAGGGCUACGGCUUCACGGAGACGGUCUGCAGUAGCACAACACAGCGACUCGGCGACAGGGAUCCGAACUGCGUCGGUCAGCUCCUCAAGACGUGCAAAGACCGGCCCGAGGACAUCGAGGAGUACAAGCACACAGACGCACCGCACCCGCGCGGCGAGAUCUGCCUGCGCGGCCCGUUCCUGUUCAAGGGUUACUAUAAACAACCCGAGCUCACGCGUGAGGUGCUGGACGCGGAUGGCUGGUUCCACACCGGCGACGUUGGCAGCGUCGACAGCGAAGGACGCGUCUCCAUAGUGGGCCGCAUCAAGGCGCUGGCGAAGAAUUGCCUCGGCGAGUACAUCGCACUGGAGGCGCUGGAGGCGGUCUACUCUGGCAACGAGCUGCUGCAGCCGAACGGCGUGUGUGUGCUGGUGCACCCCGACAAGCCGUACAUCUUCGCCUUGGCGCUCACCGACCCGAAGCGCGCAUUGUUUUUUUUGCUGCCGAGAAGGGGAUCGCUGCAAAGGACGGCGGCGAGGGCGAACAGCAACAGUGGUGUCAAGGCGCUGCUUAGUAGCCACACUUUCAACUCGGCGGCGGCGGUGUCGCUCUCGCUGGCAGUCAAGGCAGCCAGCCGGCAAAGCCUCGAGGUGGUGAAGCACGUGCAUGUCAUGCUGGAGGAGUAG